UUAAGGUUGGUACAUCGCCCGAACCAUAGAUGGCUGCAGUGACACUGACAACUCCGAGGAAAAUUCAAAUACGAGAUGAAUGGAACAAAAUAGGAAAAUGGAAAAUUCUGGAGAGUUGGACAUUGGCAACUUGCAGGUUCUGAUUGAUAACUAUGAGUUCCUGAUACAAGAUUUGACCAAUGGAAUUCAAACAUUUCAAAAUACAGUGAUCUCAGUGAAAAAGUGAAGAGUGUGGUGGUAGAAAAUGACAAACUUUCAAGGGAUAUUUCGUACCUCAUUAGUAAAGAGCAACAGAACCAAAGUGGAGAUUCUAAUCAGCCAAAAAUUAUAGAAAAUUUAAAAAUGCAGCUCAGCCUAAUAGCGACAGAGAAAGAUUACGCUAUGCAGCUAUGGCAUAACGCUAUCACCAUGAUAGACCACUUGGAGGAGGAACUUAAAGGCUAUCAGGAAGGUAGAAACAAUUAUAUUCCGAAAACAGAAGCUUUAAGGUUGAGAAAAGAGUGUGACACAAAAAUUAAAACUCUACAACAAGAAUUGACGAUAGCGAGGGCAGCACUUUCCAGAAAAAAUUUCAUAAAUCUCGAUACAUCUAGCAGUGAAUUCCUGAAAAAAGAAGAUUCCUCAACUAAAAUUAUAAAAAACUUGGAAGAAGAGAUUCUAGCGUUACAAAAAAGACUGAACCAAUCUAACAAAGCGAAAGAUGAAUUGAACAAGACUAUAAGCAAGCAAAACAAGAGGAUAAAAUCGUUAGAAGACAAAAAUAAAGAGUAUGUGACUAAAGUUAACGAAGCAGUACAAGUAGUGGAGGCUGCUUGCUUAGAAAAAGAUUUCGCUAUUAUCAGAGAGUUAGAGUCAAAAGAUGAGAUGGGCAAAAUUUCUAAAAGUCUUCUAGAGGCCAUAGAACAGGCGGAGAUGAAACUAAAGUCAGAGGUGGACCAGGUCAAAUCCGAUUUCAACACUAACCUUAAGUCCGUAUUAGAAGACCUGAGGAAGGCACACAGCGAUUCCCUGAUCAAACAGAACGAGAUCAACACGUACGCCAAACAGUGUGCCCUUCUACAGAAUGAGAUCGAGAGAUUGCAGACCAAAAAGUCCAUGAUUGAGAACGAACAAGAUGGCAACUCUAAGUUGUUGGUGUUGGAGACAAACCUGGAAAGAACGUUUCAGAAAUUGCUGACUUCGGAAAAGGAAAACAUAGUUUUGACUGCGGAAAUCAACAGGCUCAAAUCGGAGAUGAAAGACAUGAUUGGUCACUUCGAGAAUGAUAUGAAAAUGAGGGAGGUGGAAAAGACCAGACUGAACAACAAGAUAGAGCAGUUGAAGGAGGAGAGGAUAGAAGGGGACAAGAAAUAUGUGGAGCUGAUGGCCGAGCUGGAAGAUAUGAGGAGCAAGUUGUUGGAGAUGAAGCGCGGUUUCAAGGAGGAGAUCGAGCAGAGACAGAACGAGAUCCGUCUGUCCCACUCUGAAGAAAUCGGCAAUAUUAAAAAAGAAAACGAGCUAAGCCUCAAAGAACUGGAAAAUCAACUGGUCUCCCAGAUAGAAUUGAACAGAAAAUGGCGGGCGGAAACAAAAAUAAUAGUUGCCAAACUUGAGGGUCAAAUCAGACACCAGAGGGAAAACGUGAAGAGGCUACACAGGGUCGUUUGGAAUCUGAAGAGAAGGUUGAAGGGGAGAAAAAACAGAAAGGUCCAACCCGACCUAACAGUACUAAUGGAUUCCUCUCAAAUCGAAACUAAGCCAAGGAAAUUUGUGGAUACCUGAUGUUGUCAAUUUUAUAAUUUUGGUAGGACUGAAAAAAUAUUAUAUAGUAAAAUAUAGGUGGAACUGCAACUA